AUGGCCACUUUUGCAGCCUUGUUUCUCUUCCUUUCUGCUCCCAUUUCAGCAGAACCCACUUUUCCAGUAAUCACAUCAAUCAGCCUAUUAUCUUCCUUAACACCCACAGACAACACUUCAUGGUUCUCGGCUUCGAACACCUUCGCCUUCGGGUUCCACGACACGGAGGAUGGCUAUUCCGUCUGCAUCUUUUUCGGCAGCAUCAAGGAGAGGACAGUGGUGUGGACAGCUAACACAGAGAAGAAUCCGGUCGUUCCUGAUGACGUUGUUCUGGUGCUAACGGGAGAUGGACUGGUCUUGCAUAAGAACGAUACAAACGAUAUAUUAUCUCGGGUUGAUAACUCUUCCCAACCUAUAGCAUGGGCAGAAAUGCUUGACAAUGGCAACUUUGUUCUCUACAAUGCUAAUUCCAGUGUCGUUUGGCAGACCUUUGAUUACCCGACUGACACCCUUCUGCCCGGACAGCGCCUUCCACGGGGCGGGAUGCUUUUGACUAGAGCUGCGAAGACGGAUUUCAGGAUGGGGAUUUUCAGGCUGUGGAUGCAAUAUGAUGCGAACCUUGUUCUGUACUAUGUGUACGGACAAGACACACCGAUAGAUGCCUACUUCUCGUUCGACACAUGGGGGAUGGGCAACGAUGUAUCGUUGAAUCUUGAAUAUGAUGGCUGUCUUUCUUUGUACAACGGCAGUGUCAGGAAGAAGAGUUUAACCUCGGGAGGGAACCCAACAGUAGGGGCCAUCAGUCUCGUGAGGCUCGAUUUGGAUGGAAUUCUUCGUCUGUACAAUCGAUCACUGGAGAGAGAAGACAAUUGGAAGUCAAUAUGGUCAGCCACGGAGGACAAAUGUUUACCGGAGGACUUGUGUGGCGUUAAUAGCUACUGCACUAACACGGAUGGAGGUGCGGAGUGCAGAUGCCUCCCCGGAUUUGAUAUCGCUCGUGAAGGAGAAUGGAGCGCCGGCUGCACCUCCGAUUUAAAGGUAGACUGCAGAGACACGAAACAAAGUAGAAGCUAUGAGAUGAGGAGUGUUGCCAAUGUAACAUGGGAAGACAAUUACUACAGUGCUUUGAGAGGAACGACUGAAGAAAGUUGCAAAGACGGCUGUCUACAAGAUUGCAACUGUACUGUAGCCUUGUUUAGAGAUGGAGAAUGUCGGAAGCAAAAGCUUCCGCUAAGCCGUGGCAGAUUUUCUCCAAAAGACACUGACAUGGCUUUUGUGAGAGUGAACAGCCUCACCCAUAUUUAUCCAGGACAUCGAAAGAGGCUUACCGGUGUGCAGAAGCGUGCAUUACUAGUAUCUAUUUGGUUAAAAUUCUGCAACCUAUAUUAUUUGUACAACUCGGCAGGAGUAUCGCUUGGUAUACUUGGUCUGCUUAUAUCCGUCAUUUUCUACUACGUUAGAAGACAGCGUGGAUGGUGCAAUCAGGGAAAGGAAAACAAACAGCGUAUCGACAAAUUUGUACUCAACCAUGGAUAUCUGGCUCCGAAAAGAUACAGCUACAAUGAAAUCAAAAAAAUAACAAAAUCCUUCACUGAGAAACUAGGCCAAGGAGGCUAUGGUGUUGUGUACAAAGGAAAGCUACCUGAAGGUCAGCUAGUGGCAGUGAAGGUCUUAAAGAAAACUCAUGAUAAUGCGGAAGAAUUUGUUAACGAGGUCGCCAGCAUCAGUAGAACCUCCCAUGUCAACAUUGUCAAUCUCUUGGGAUUUUGCUAUGAGAGAAACAACAAGGCUCUAGUCUAUGAAUUUAUGCCCAACAAAUCAUUAGACAAGUUCAUCCACAAGAGCCGAUCUGUGGAUCCAAAUUGCUCGCUAGGGUGGAGGAAAAUGUACGAGAUUGCAGUUGGGGUUGCCCAAGGUCUUGAGUACCUGCAUAGAGGCUGCAACACGAGGAUCGUGCAUUUUGAUAUCAAGCCUCAGAAUAUUCUUUUGGAUGAAGACUUUUGCCCAAAGAUAUCGGAUUUUGGGCUUGCUAAAUUGUGUGUGAAGAAGCAGAGCAUAAUAUCUAUGCUUGGAACAAGAGGAACUAUAGGGUACAUUGCUCCUGAAGUGUUCUCAAGAAAUUUCGGUGUAGUUUCUCACAAAUCUGAUGUGUACAGCUAUGGUAUUACGCUUCUUCGAAUGGCAGAAACAGGGACUAAUGUUGAGAAUAAGUCAUCUCAAUCAAGUGAACAUUAUUUCCUUGAAGAAAUUUAUGAGCAUGUGGUAAUGCAAAAUGAAAAGAUUCAUGCCCUCAUGACAGAAGAGGAAGAAGAAGUUGUGAGGAAAAUGUUAAUGGUAGGUUUUUGGUGCACUCAGACAGCUCCAUUAGAUAGGCCUUCGAUGAAUAAAGUGGUGGAUAUGUUGCAAGGGAAUCUGCAGUCUAUACAGAUUCCCCCAAUGCCAUUUUUGCUCUCUUCUCCUAAGCCACAGCUCUCAUGUUCACUUCCUGUAAUUGUGGAAACAUAUGAAACUCCAUAUGGUUUAAUAAACCAUUACCAACCUAGGGGCACACUCCCGUGA